AUGAACUGCGUCAAGGGCGAGAUCCACAACGUGCUCUCGAUGAUGCGCUUCAACGCCCGCUGGGCCAGCGUCGACCGCUUCACGCAGGAGAUCCCCGCCGCCACGCAGUCGCCCAUGAUGCGCGCCUUCAAGCAGCUGCACUACGAGCUCCAGUCGGUGGCCGACUUGGCGGACGUGGACACCGUCACGUACCUGUUGCCGUUUGUUAUGGUCAUUGAGUCGGACCGCACGAGUGGGUUCAUCACCGGUGCGGCCAUUUCGGCGAUCAACAAGUUCCUCUUGUACGGUCUCAUCACGUGCGACUCGCUGCGGGCAGAUGUAGCCAUUAACCGCAUCGCAGUGUGCGUCUCCCGGUGCAAAUUCGAAGAGACGUAUCGAGACGACGACGAAGCCGUAUUGAUGAAGUUACUGGAGCUCGUGGAGUACUCCGUUCGCUGUGACGCUGGUCACUUGAUUGCUGGCGAGAAUCUGUUCAAGAUGCUGCAGCUGUGUUACAGUAUCCGAUGUCAGUCCCGAUCGUCGAUCCACUUGUGCAGGUCGGCGGACAAUACCUUGUCCCACUUGGUGCUCACCGUGUUCGACAGGAUCGACGAAUUGGGUUUGCAGCGAAAAAGCAGUCAAGCCGUUGCGCCAAUGGUUCCACAGCCGCCGCCAAAAGGAGCUGAGAUCGCAACAGGUGAUGGACAAGAUGAAAAUGAGGCUCCCGAGUACGAUGCUAGUCUCGACAUUGUAGAGCCACCGGCUUCUGUACCAGUGGAGCCAACGUCGGUUCCUGCAAAAACAGGAGAUGCACCGUACGGGAUCCCGCUGCUGGAACGGAUUCUACACUUUAUAUCAGGACUGAUAUCGCCGACGGAAAACGAAGAGAUGACGUGCGUGCAGGGUUUGAAGCUCAUGAACGUGGUACUCGAGACAGCUGGUACGGGACUUGGCAAUCACCCGUGCUUGGUGUCGGUGUUGCAAGGAGAUUUGUCAAAGUUCCUGCUGCAAAACUCAGAGACCGAGGAGCUAGGCAUUCUGUCACUCACGCUGCGUGUUGUGUUCAACCUAUUCAACUCGAUCAAGGACCACCUGAAAGUCCAGCUGGAAGUGUUUUUCACGAGUGUUCAUAUGCGCAUCAUCGACUCACCGUCGUGCUCGAAUGAACAGAAAGAGCUCGCACUGGAAUCGUUGCUCGAGUUCUGCCGCGAACCAGCGCUCAUGCUGGAUUUGUAUAUCAAUUACGAUUGCGAUGUGCAUUGCACGAACUUGUUCGAGGUGCUGUGCAAGUCGCUGGCGAAGAAUUGUCAGUCCAUGUCGGGCCCUGACGGCAGUCUGAAUGCUCUGACGUUGCUGUGUCUCGAAGGCUUGUUAGCAGUCAUCGAGUCGAUUGCUCAACGGUGCCCUUUGAACGCCCCCACAACAACCUCAGGAUCCGGCGCUUUUGGGCGCAAUACAGGUAUCUUGAGUCUGAAAGGGUCUGAUCUAGCUCGAUUUACGGCUGGAACAUCCCCUGGCACUGAAGGCUCAUUUAGUGACUUUUCGAUGAACGAUAUUUCGCCAAUGUCUUCGGUGCGUGACCUCAUGCACCUCGUGAUGUCAGGGAGUGAAAGCGACUCGGACUCGGAGCAGAGUGAACAGGAGAACCUGGUGGAUCAACUGGCGUGGCUGCACACGGCUCGCGAACGCACUGCCGAAGUCUUGCAGCAACGCAAGCGUAUCAAAAAGCGCUGUGCGCUGGCAGCGGAAAAGUUCAACCACGAUCAGAAGAAUUGGAUUGCGUAUUCACAGCAGAUUGGACUGUUGCCAGAAGAGCUAACACCUGAAUCGGUUGCAUCGUUCUUGCUGCACACGCCAGGUCUGAACAAGACGCUUAUUGGCGACUUCAUUGGCGACGGGCCGGUGGAAAAGUAUCCGUUCAAUGCUGCAGUGCGAGACGCUUAUGUCGCAAUGUUCGAUUUCCGUUCGGCCUCGUCGCUCGAUGAGGCAUUGCGAAUGUUCCUGGCUAAGUUUCGUUUACCGGGUGAAGCACAAAAAAUCGAUCGCAUGAUGGAAGCGUUUUCGAAGCAACUGUAUUUGCAAGCUGGUGCUUCUGGUCCUCUGGCAGACGCUGAUGCGGCGUACGUGCUGUCGUUCAGCAUCAUUAUGCUGAACACGGAUUUGCACUCCGACCAUAUUGCAAAGAAGAUGACAGUGGAAGAGUUCAUUCGCAACAACCGCGGAAUCAACGCAGGCCAAGAUUUACCGGUGGAGUACUUGACAGAUCUGUACUAUAAUAUUCUGGAGAAGGAGAUCCAGAUGCAGCAUGACGUGUCCGACUUUAUGGAGUCUCCGUCGUCAACGGUUGACAGGUACUCGAUGCAAUGGGACGGCGUGUUAAAGCGCUCGAAGAAUGUGGUCGGCGCAAGCUUUACUUCGAACACGAGUAUUCUGAAGGUGCGUGCUGGUCUGUACGAAAAGGACAUGUUCAACUUGAUCUCCGAAAGCACGAUCAAGAGCAUAUUGCUGGCGUUCGAAAAGACUUGUGACGUGACGAAUAUGGAGCGUGCUGCGGAGGGCCUGAGCAAUUGUGCCAAAAUUAUGCUGUACUAUGAUAUGAUUGACGAGUUCAACAAGAUUAUGGGAGCGCUAUCAUCGUACUUCCUCACAUUUGCUCAUGGUAUUAUGAGUGGCGAGAAAGUGUACGUGCCACCGACUAUGCUGAAGCACUCAGCGUCUUCUCCACUUUCGUCUGCAUCGGAGGACCAACAUACAGAGGCCAGCGGAGAGCAAGUCGUUCCGUGUCAGGAUGAUGCUUCUGAAGUCGAGGUUUCGGUAGCGCAACAGCAGGCUGGAAGCUCAGUAAACGAGGACUUGGCGCUAGGAGGAAAGACUCGUCGUGCGCUACUGUCGCUGAAGAUGCUAUUCCAGUUUGUACAAAACAAGAGCGCAUACUUUCGCAAAGGCUGGGCGAACGUGAUCGAGUGCAUGCUCAUGUUUAACGAGCUGGAUGUGAUUCCUACAUCAUUGGUAGAGAUCGAUGAUUUCGUGGAUUCGCGUGGCGUGCCGCUGCCUCCGAUGCAGGGCGGGAUGCCGAUGCAUACCUCCUCUCCUUCCGAUAGCUCGUCCAACCGCAGACAGGGUGGAACAGGUCUUUCGGGAAAGACCCGUGAACGAUCGAGACGUCAAGCUGAGCGCCAAGCCGCUAUCCGAAGUCGUAUGAAACGCAUGACUCAGGCUAGUCAGGGCACUUCGUAUGGAAGUCACGGACAGAACGUCAACAGUGGAUCCCUCUGGGGCUCGUUGUCGUACUACCUCUGGGCAGAGGAGGAAAAAGUUGACAAGAGCUUCUCGUUGAUUAACGAGAUGCUUCGUGAAGAGGUGUUGAAGCUCGGUGGCGGUAUCCUCGAAAAAGAGAAUUGGCUGCGUUUGACUCGUAAAUUGCAGGAGGAAGCAUUGACGAGCUUGUUGGAGACGCUGGUCUCGUGUCGCGAUCCAUUUAAGUGCAUUGUGCAGCCGUCUGAUUCCGGUGUGGAUGCCAUGAUGCAGGAAAACGCGAUCCUUGUACUGGAGCUGAGCGUGGACAUUAUCUUGGUCAACUCGAACCGUAUUUUGCAGCUCAACUUGUGGGACUCGUUCCAUCUGUAUGCCAAGCGCAUUCUUUCGACCCCGUUGAGCGAGCUGCGCAUGCAGGGACUCGUUGAACGUGUGGUAGUGCACAUUUUGCGAGUCAGUAUCCGACUCUUUCACGACGAGCAGGUGCGUCCCAAACUCAUGGCGACGCUCGAGCUCCUUUUGACACUGAACCGGGAAAUGUACAAGGCGCUGAGCGACCGGCUGUCGUCCGGUAUCACAAUGUUGCUCAAGGCGAACCUCGUGUACAUGCACAACUUUCACGACUGGGAGGUGCUCUUGGGCAUCUUGCACAAUGUGGUCGAGUAUAUCAACAGUCGCUCAGCUUGUUGGGAAAGUGUGGUAGUGCUAGUCGAAGGAAAGCACUUGCAUGAUGGCAACUUUCCGUUCUGGAUGUCUCUUUGCUGCGCGUUUGUUCAGCACCGGACGUCGUAUGCUGUUGACGCGUUGAAGCUUCUCGAAGGACUGGCUAACAGUGACAGCACGUAUAAAAUGACUGGCAGCUCGUGGCUAGAAGUGAUGCGAGUGAUGCUUGACUAUCUGGACGAUGCUCGACUCCCAGUAGGAAGGACCGCUUGGGAGUGCCUGCGCAACUCGCUACUUCUCCCCGGUGUGCCGAUCGCCAAGGACACGUGGAACAAAUGCUUUGACGAGAUCAUCUUUGCGUUUGACGAUCAGGUCAACGACAGCACUGUGAAGAUGGCGCGUGACGCUCCUCUGUACAGCAUCACGCUCUUGUCCAAGACGUUCCUCCACAACUUGAACGUACUGAUGGAAUUAUCGGACUUCCCAGAUCUGUGGCUGAAAGUGUUGCGUCGUCUUGCAAACAAACUGGUCGCACCAAACUCGUCUUCGACGCGAUUGCAGCACUCGAGUGUUGUAUUCGAGACGACGUUGCAGUCGUUGUACAACCUGCUGCUUGUGCUGAAGGCCGAAGAUAUUCUCGAGCGGGCGAGCACCGAGGAUAGUACGCAGACGCUGUUUGACGAAACAUGCGCUGUCAUCGACGCCGUGUGUCCACAUCUGAAAGAGCAGCUGGGUCUGAGUCCCGGUGCAAGCACGGCCGAUGCAAGCACGACGGCAACAUCAGCCAACAGCAGUGAGCAAGAGAGUGAGCGCCCCCUUGUCGACGUCGUGGCCGAUAAACCGCUCGAUAGCGCAGAGGAUCCAGAGGCUUUGGUGGCGACUGCUGAACACGACAACGGGAUCGAGUCUGAGGAUGUUCCGACCGGAGGACGUGGGACCGGUGCGAUUCACGAUGAGGCUCAAGCCGUUCCGGCGGCUAAAGAGGAGAUCGCUGCAGGGCACGAUGUUGAAGUUGCUGCACCGAUCGACGCGCCACAUCUCCACUCCGAGUCACGCGAUCGCAACGACGGAAACAAGUCAGAGCCAAUCGCCGCUGGAGCAUCGACUCGGGGCAACCAGCUACCGUCUGCAGGAUCGCCACUCGACGCGGUGGUGGGGCUCAGUGGCCAUGAGACGUGUGGGAUCAAGGUCACGGGCGGCGUCAUUGUGGACGAGAUCACGGAAGCUGUUUGA